AUGUCAGCUGAGGUCCAGAAAUAUUCGGUAGACUCCAGAUUGAAAAGUACCCAUUACAAUGAGAUGUUAGAUCUGUUCAAGAGAGUCAACAUCAACAUUCCUUUUCUUGAAGCAAUCAAGCAAAUCCCUGCUUAUGCCAAAUUCCUCAAAGACUUGUGCACUCAAAAGCGCAAGCUCAAUGUGCAAAAACGUGCUUUCUUAGCUGAGCAGGUGAGUUCCAUCAUUCUGAACAAAACUCCACCCAAGUUUAGGGAUCCAGGAUGUCCAACAAUUUCUUGCACUAUAGGAGAACACACGGUCAAUAAAGCGUUAUUAGACCUAGGUGCAAGUGUUAACCUACUGCCAUAUUCUGUUUAUGAGCAGUUAGGUCUUGGGGAGUUGAAACCAACAUCUAUCACUCUACAACUGGCAGACCGAUCUGUCAAGAUUCCUCGUGGAGUGGUCGAAGAUGUUUUGAUCAAGGUUGACAAAUUCUAUUUUCCCGUAGACUUCAUUGUCUUAGACACUCAACCUGUACAAAACCCAGACUGUCACAUUCCUGUCAUCUUAGGACGUCCUUUCUUGGCUACGUCCAACGCGAUCAUCAACUGUCGGAAUGGAGUGUUAAAACUGUCUUUUGGUAACAUGACGGUAGAAUUGAAUGUGUUCGAUAUUAGUCAACAACCUGUGAAUCUUGAUGAUGAUGAUGUGCAUGAAGUUAAUAUGAUUGAAGGAUUAAUGCAAGAUUCGUUGACUAACAUUCUAUCCGUCGACCCCUUUCAAGCAUGUAUGGAGAACUUUAACCCUGAUUCCUAUGAUGAUGCAUACUGUAGUGACGUCCUAUCUCUGCUCGAAUCUGUACCUCAAAUGGACCUUAUUCCAUCCAUUGUUGAGCCACCCAAGCUUGAAUUGAAAACAUUGCCUAGUACGUUGAAGUACGCAUUCCUAGGUUCUUCUGAUACUUUACCUGUCAUUAUUUCAUCAUGUUUAGACACGGAACAGGAAAGUAGGAUGCCCUCACGUUGGUCGAGACAAGACCGCUCUAAAUUCCUGGCUGAAGUCAAACAUUUCCUUUGGGAUGACCCAUAUUUGUUUAAGUACUGUCCAGACCAAAUCAUUAGGAGAUGUGUCCCCAACACUGAACAGUAUAGAACAGCUUAUAAGACACCAAUUGGCAUGUCCCCCUAUCGUCUAGUGUAUGGAAAGCCGUGCCAUCUACCUGUGGAAUUAGAACAUCGUGCCUACUGGGCA